AUGCAGAGAUAAUUUAUUUUUUUUAUUUAAUUGAUAAAAUUUUAUAAGUUUAUGUUAUUUGAAGUGAAAUUAUUUAUAGUAUUCAAAUUUAGAUUGGCAGAAUAAAUAUUAAAUUCUGAUAUUACAUUUAAUAAAAUCAAGUUAGUAAAAAAUAUGGGAGAAAAGUAAUCAAAAAAUAAGUCAAUUAAGAAUUUUAAUGACAAUAAAAAAAACCCAUAAAAAUAAAAUGAAGAUCAAUCACAACACAAGUAAAAGCCUAAAGAAGAAACUCUUGAUAUUAUUUUAAUAAAUGAUUCCUAGGCCUAAUAAAAGAUAACUUUAAAAAGCUAUUCUGAAAUAGAAAAUAUUGAUUCUACAUAUACUGUUUCGCUCAUCAUAGAUUAACCAAAAUAAUAUAACAUUAUAUCAUUCCCUGAUUAGAAUAUGAUAUAGCUAUGUAAACUUAUAGAAAAAAGUAAGAAGUUAAUUAAUCUUAGGCUAAACUUAUAUGGCUGGAGAAUCGAAGAUAGUGGAUUUAUAAAAUUAGUAGAUACAUUUAGUUUUCUCUAAAAUAUUACCUAACUUGAGCUUAAUUACUAAUAUAAUUCAGCAUAUGAAAUUGGUACAUCAGGGCUAGCAUAAGCACUUUCUAAAUGCUAUAAUAUUUAAUAUUUAAAUCUUGCUAUAUCAUAAUCUAUAGAUGAUGAAACAUUAAUUAAACUUGGAUAAGCUUUAUCUUAACUUUUUAAACUAAAAAUAUUGAUAUUAGAUUUUGGUGAGCAUCCUACAAUUGAUGUUGUUAUUUACUAAGGGGAAUAAAUUACUCAAAUUUAUGAUGAAGGAUUCAAGAGAUUCUUUUAGUGUUUGAAGAAAUGUUAAGAUAUCAACUAUAUUUAGCUUUAUUUUGAUUUCAUGGUAGAUUUUAAUAUUAAAAUGUAAUAAAAGAUUAUGUUAAAAUUUAAAAAAUUAACAUAUUUUAAUAUUGCUCCUUUUGAGGAUAAUAGAUAUUUUAAAAGAAGUUUGUAAAGCUGA